AUGAUCUUAAAAGCACUGCUACCAAUUCUUCUUGUCACUCAAGCAUUCAGUAAAGAAACCAUCGUUUCUGGAAAAGGAUCCGAUCUUCCUGCUGAUCCUAAAGCCGUAUUUGGCACCAUGGACAAUGGGUUCAACUACAUUAUCUACCCCCACGCUGAGCCUCCUGGUCGCUUCUCCACACGGCUCCAUAUCAAUGCUGGCUCACUCCACGAAGCCAACGACCAACGUGGUAUCGCCCACUUCCUAGAGCACAUGGUCUUUAAUGGCUCACGGAAUUUCACCCCUGCAGAACUCAUUCCUAAAAUGCAACGCCUCGGCAUCGCAUUCGGUGCCCACGCCAAUGCCUAUACCUCAUUUGGGGAAACCGUUUAUAUGCUCGAUCUGCCUAACAUGGAAAAAGAAACCAUCGAUCUCACCUUCACCGUCAUGCGUGAUUUCGCUGAUGGCGCCCUUCUUGCUAUUGAAGAAAUUGAUAAAGAACGAGGAGUCAUUAUUGCGGAAAAAACUUCUCGUGAUUCUGUCGGCAUGCGUGUCCUCGUCAAACGCCUCAACUACCUUUUCCCCGAAUCGCAACUCGCCAAUCGCCUUCCCAUCGGCACUGAAGAAGUCAUCAAAAACGCACCCCGCGAACGCUUCGUUAACUUCUACUCAGGCUACUACCGCCCGAACAACAUGACCUUCGUAGUCGCGGGAGACUUUGACGCCAAAGAAAUGGAAAAACGAGUCCGCGAGACCUUCAUCAGCCUCAGCAAUCCAGAAAAAGAAGGCCAAGAACCACCACGCACGAUUCCACCUAAAGACACCGGCUUCCGCACUGAAGUCUUCAGCGAUAAAGAACUCGCCUCGGAUUCCCUUUCCCUCAUCUCCACGCGCCCUUACACAACGGAGCUAGAUACACGUGCGAAUCGAAUCAAACUCCUUCCACUAGCGAUGGCAAAUUCCAUGCUCUCCCGACGUUUCAGCAUUCUCGCAAAAAAAGAAAACUCGCCCAUUCUCAGCGGCAGCUCAUCACGUCAGAUUUUCUUCAACGAAGUCAUAUCCGGUCAAGUCUCAGUGACCCCGACCGAAAAUCGAUGGGAAGAUGCACUGGCUACCAUGGAGCAAGAAUUUCGACGUGCCCUCCUCCAUGGCUUCACGGAAGCAGAACUCGAAGAAGCCCGCGCCAACACUAUUAACUCUCUCGAACAAGCUGUAAAAAGAGCUCCCACUCGUAAAGCCGCCAGCAUUGCUACGAGCUACGUCAACGCCACUGAAGAAAGCCGAGUCGUCACUACCCCUGAGACGAAUCUGGAAAUCUACCGCGCUGGCCUCAGUCAACUCACCCUCGCAGACUGCCACCAAGCUUUCAAAAAAUUCUGGGACACCAAAGACCUUUCUCUCAUACUCACCACCAAAAAAGAAGACCCUGAUACCAAAUCAAAACUGGCCUCACUCUACCAAGAAUCUCUCAAAACCCCUGUCGAACCACCAAAAAAAGAGAGCAAGCAAUCCUUUGCCUAUACCGACUUCGGAACACCCGGCAAAAUCACUUCUCAAAAUGAGAUCAAAGACAUGGAGGCGACUCAACUCGUCCUCUCCAACAACAUCAAAGUCAAUCUCAAGACCACUGACUUCACCAAAAACUCCAUUAGCCUCACCACCCGCAUCGGAUCCGGCAGCUUAACUAUGCCCAAAGACAAACCCGGCCUCAAUCAACUCGCUAGUGCCAUUUACAUCGCUGGCGGACUCGGAAAACACUCCGCCGAUGACCUACGGCGGAUUCUUGCUGGUAAAAAUGUCGAUAUUGAUUUUGGAGUCGGGAGUGAUGCUUUUUCUCUCGGCGGGCAGAGCACACCCGAAGACCUUGAACUUCAGCUUCAGCUCAUGUGCGCAGCGCUCACCGACCCAGGUUUCCGCCCUGAAGCAGAACGUCAACAUAAGAAGAGCCUGCCCAUGCUCUUCAACCAAAUCCAACAUUCCAUGCAAGGAGCCAUGCUUAAAAUGAACGAAGACAUUACGGCUGGAGAUCAUCGCUUCACAUUCCCCACGCAAGAACAAGCCAUGGGCUACAACUCACAAAUGGUCAAAGACUGGAUCCUUCCUCAACUUGCCAAAUCCCCAAUCGAACUCACCAUCGUCGGCGAUUUUGACAAAGAAAAAACGAUCCCUCUCAUCCUUAAAACCUUCGGCGCGCUCCCCACUCGCGAGACUGCCAAACCCGAUCACACCGCCGAGCGAAAAAUCAACAUGCCUCAGGGAGCUGCAAACAAAGUAAUUAAUUUCGACUCAAAAAUCCCGAAUGCCGCUAGCAUAGCCGUGUGGCCUAUUCCGGAUUCUAUCAAUGAGGUGAAACGCCCUCGUCGCUUCAAUAUCCUCGCUAGUAUACUCAGCAACCGUAUGCGUGAGGAAAUCCGCGAAAAACUUGGCGCAUCCUACAGCCCACGAGCAGGGGCAAAUCCUCACUCAACAUUGGAAAUGGGAAUGUUCCAAGCCAUUGCGCAGGUCAAACCAGAAGAAACCGAAAAAUACGGCAAGUUAAUGAUCGAGCUCGCCGACAAAAUGGCCCGCCAGGGUGUGAGCGCUGACGAACUCGACCGUGCACUGAAGCCCCUUUUAUCAAACAUAGACACCUCUCUGCGUAGUAAUUCAUACUGGCUUGGCACGGUUCUUUCCCGCUCUCAUGAGAAACCUAUUGUCCUCGACUGGGCUCGGAACCGUCACGAAGACUACAAAAGCAUCACCGUCGAAGAGCUCAACAAACUCGCCGUCGAUCACUUGACCAAAGACAAGGCCCGCCUUUACCAGUUUGUGCCGAAAGAGGAAAAGUAA